AUGGUCAACUAUGUCAAGAAAGCUGAAGAAAUUACUCGCGCAUUCCUCUUAUUCCUCAACUCGUAUAGCUCUAAGAGCGAGGGUAAUUCGUUGAAUCUUGGAAAAAUGCAUUCUCUAGACUACGUGGAACAACUGGAAAUGAUGUUCGCUCGGAAUGGAACAACUUUAUAUAUAGAUUUUCAGCACGUGGUCGAGUUUGAUAAUACUCUUGCACAUGAUGUCAUAGAAACCAACUUCAGCGAAUAUCAAGAUCUCUUUCGCAGCUCAGUGCAGCACUUUGUCAGUGAGCACCGCCCUGAUAUGUUGCGGUGGGAAGAGGGGCUGGACAAAGAGUUCUGGGUUGCUUUCUUCCACCUGCCUCGUAUCAGCCGUCUACGUGAUCUUAAGGCGGAGAACAUCGGACAACUUACCUCAUUCAGCGGUACUAUCACGAGAACAUCCGAUGUGCGACCUGAAUUACUUAUUGGCAGCUUCAAGUGUACUGAUUGUGGCACUGAGUGUUCUGAUGUCGAGCAGCAGUGUCACUAUACCACUCCUUCCAUUUGUGUCAACUCAACUUGCACCAAUCGUUUAAAAUGGACGCUUUCGCGCGAAGGCUGCAAAUUUAUUGACUGGCAGCGGGUUCGGGUUCAGGAAAAUUCAGAUGAAGUACCAGCAGGAUCCCUUCCACGAACGAUGGAGGUUAUUCUUCGCCAUGAGGCUGUUGAACAAGGACGAGCAGGUGACAAGGCAGUCUUCACUGGCUCUUUGAUGGUGAUACCCGAAGGUGCACCGAUGAAUAUGGCAGGUGACCGCACAGAGCUUGGUAAUGGUCAAGGAAAACGUGUGCAAAGUGAGGGUGUGAGUGGACUGCGUAAUAUGGGUGUCAGAGAACUUUACUAUCGAAUGGUGUUCAUCGCACACUCUGUCGUGAACAUCACCGACCCUUCCGCAGGUGCAGCGGUGAGUUUAUCCGGGCAUCGUGCUCUACCUUCGAACGAGCAAGGGCAUGUAAGAGUAUCUAAUGGUCCUGAUGAUGUCGAAGUCCAUAAAAGUUUUACGACAGUAGAACGCCAUGACAUAGAGUCUAUGGCUCGUGACCCAGCUAUCUAUGACAAAUUUGUUAGAUCUAUUGCGCCUACAGUCCAUGGGCAUACUGAUAUCAAGCGAGCGGUCGCUCUUAUGCUUUUCGGUGGGGUAAUCAAAGAAACAGAUGACGGAAUCAAUCUUCGUGGCGACAUUAAUGUUCUCAUUGUCGGGGACCCAUCUUGUGCAAAGUCUCAGUUCUUGAAAUAUGUCUCUACUUUUUUACCAAGAGCUGUGUACACCUCAGGCAAAUCCUCUUCUGCUGCUGGACUAACGGCAACGGUUGCGAAAGAUGUUGAGAGCGGAGAGUAUUGCAUCGAGGCGGGUGCAUUAAUGCUAGCAGAUAAUGGCAUCUGCUGCAUCGACGAGUUUGAUAAGAUGGAUCUGAAAGACCAGGUGGCUAUUCACGAGGCGAUGGAGCAGCAGACCAUAUCUUUGGCAAAAGCCGGCAUCCAGGCUACUUUAAAUGCUCGCACUUCUAUUCUGGCUGCUGCCAACCCAAAUGGCGGACGUUAUGAUAGGAGCAAGAAACUUCGACAUAAUAUCAGCCUCCCCCCCGCCAUUUUGUCCCGCUUUGAUCUUGUGCAUGUUAUGAUCGACGAACCUGACGAAUAUGCUGACUACAGUCUUGCUCGGCACAUUGUUGCGCUGCAUCAGCAACGGGACCAGGUCACCGGAGCUGAAUACAGUUUACAUCAGUUGCAACGCUACAUACGAUAUGCAAGAACGAUUCGACCGAGGCUAAGUGGAGAGGCACAAAAAGCAGUUGUGGAAGCAUAUAUCAACCUUCGACGUGGAGACAGCCAGUCGAGCUCGCAGACUGCCUAUCGUAUUACGGUUCGUCAGCUUGAGGCGAUUAUUCGAUUAUCUGAAGCGUUAGCACGUCUUCACUGCCAUCAGGAUAUUCUUGCAACUCACGUGAAGGAAGCACGCCGGCUUCUCUCAGAUUCAAUUGUCGCUGUGGAGGCAAGAGAUAUAGUCCUUGACGAAGAUGGAUUCGGUGAAAUGUCCGAUAGCGUGAGACCUAUCUUACCAAAGAGCUGGUGUCUUGAAACUGGAAGCGAAAGAAGUGAUAACAUUGAUACGAUGACCAACAAGGGCACAUGUUACCCAGUUGUAUUAGCAAAAAGAAAUGCCGAAGUUGCAAAUGGUCACAGCAAACCUCAUUCUGACUUCACCGGAAUCGCUACUGUAUCUUUCGAGAAAUUUCAACAGGUUCGUAACAUGCUUGUGAAGUAUAUCAGACGACGUGAAAAUGACAUUUUGGUAGAGGAGGGGACCGGUGUGAGACAGUCAGAUCUAGUGAAAUGGUACAUCAAAGAAUUCGCGACUUCAGAAGGCAUUUAUGAUCCCGAUGACUUAAUGAAGGAACACGCGCUGGUUCGCACCAUCAUUGGGCACCUUAUUCGGAAGUCACGGACUCUGGUAGUUAUUCAGAACACCGACAUUGACCCGUCGGAUGAUCAAUUAAACGAGGGAGCUGGUGGCAACGCUACUGCAGUAAGUGAUUCCACUGAACAGCCACAAGCAGUCAACACACAAAUACGAACCGUGUUGGACCGAUUUAUAUCUGUCAACCCGAAUUUCGUGUCUGAAUACAUUUGAUUCGUGAUGGUCUUGAUAAUUGCAUCGGCACUAUCAUGAACGUGCGUGCUUAUUGUAAUUUUUUGUUAUUGAGUUUCGUUCUGCAGAUCAGAGAGUCAAAAUUACUUUUCAUGUGUUAAAUAGUCUGAAGUAAAAGCAGGACAUACGAAGCUAGCAAGAUAGAUACGUAUGUACGUAUGUACUUCCUAUAAUAUACGAAGGUAUAUGUACUUCCGGAAGUGCGUGUACCUUCGAUCCGUUCGUAUGC